UUUUUUGAUAUUGUUAUUUGUAAUUUGAAAUUUUUGCAUUUGCAUUCAUGAAAUAUGUUGCACGCGCACGCGCGCGUAUUGAUUUAUCCAUAGAAUACAUGACUGUAGAUGAUGUACAUAUAGUAUAGAAAAUAUAACUACGUUGAGAUAGAAUAUUGAAUAAACAUUUUGUUUUUCGUAACGUACUUAAUAGUGUUAUGAAGCACAACAUUUUUGUAUAUUACUGGUACAUAAUUGGCGAAUUGACUUUUAUUAACAAAUGGUAUCAUCAAAAUUAAAAUUUAAAUAUGAGCAGAAUAACAAAAAUUGCAGGUGAUGCACAGUUAUACAAUGUAACAAAUUUUUACAUAGGUCUAGGUUUGGCAAUUAGUUCCAGCGGUUUUAUAGGUGCUAGCUUUAUCAUUAAAAAGAAGGCAUUGAUUCGAUUACAAAGACGUGGUGCAUUACGAGCUUCAUCUGGAGGAUUUGGAUAUUUAAAAGAAUGGAUGUGGUGGACUGGUCUUCUUUCAAUGGGAGUAGGAGAAGUUGCAAAUUUUGCUGCUUAUGCAUUUGCACCAGCUUCAUUGGUUACACCAUUGGGAGCACUUAGCGUUUUAAUAUCUGCGAUAUUAGCAUCAAAAUAUCUAAAUGAAAAACUUAACUUGCUAGGAAAGAUUGGUUGCCUUUUGUGCAUCUUAGGUUCUACAAUUCUUGUAAUUCAUGCUCCAAAAGAAGAAGAAAUAAAUACAUUAAAUGAACUUCUGGAAAAGGUCAAAGAUCCAGGAUACAUUAUUUAUAUGUUAAUUGUGAUAGUAUGUAGUAUUUUGAUCAUUUUUUACUUUGGUCCUGCUUAUGGGAAACAAAAUAUCAUGGUUUAUAUUUGUCUGUGUUCAUUAAUUGGUUCGUUGACUGUUACAAGUUGCAAAGGACUAGGAUUAGCUUUAAAAGAAACCAUUCUUGGAAUUAACAAUGGAUUUACAAAUUGGUUAAUGUGGAUCUUUCUAUUUAGUGCUAUAAUCUGUAUCAGUAUACAAAUGAAUUAUUUAAAUAGAUCACUUGAUUUAUUUGAAACCACAAUUGUAACACCUAUUUAUUACGUAUUUUUUACAACAUUAGUAAUAAUUGCAUCUGCAAUAUUAUUUAGAGAAUGGGAAAAUAUAAGCACUGAUGAUAUCUUAGGUUCAUUUUGUGGUUUUUUAACAAUUAUAAUUGCAAUAUUUCUGUUAAAUGCAUUCAAAGAAAUGGAUAUAUCUUAUGAGAAUAUCAGACAUAUGUUGCAACCUAAAAGAAAAUUGUUUAUAAGUAAUAACAAUCAAUGGAGUGAUAGAGAUGAAGAGAGAUUAAUAACAAGAUUAGAAACUAAAUUAAAUCAUACGUAUGGAGCACAAACUCUAACAAGAAGUAUAUAAAUUUGAUUCUAUAAUUAUAUAUGUAUUAUAAUGUAUGUAAGAGUUACUUAUAAAAUAAAUCUUAUAAAUUUAAAUCUUUAAUCUUUAAAUUACUUGUAUCUUUUACAUGUAUAGAUUUUAUAGAAAUAAAUUUUUUAAUAAAUUUAAAUAAAGUUUU